UUAACUAAAGCCGGACGUGUGCGGACGCUCCUUGCGUGUUGUGAUACUUCAGUAUUUUCGUAUAGUAACUCCGAACUUUUUAUUACAAAGUGCUCGUGUCUAGUGACUUGCGACAGUUUGAAAACUCAUCUCUGUGAUUUUAUUGGUGUUUUAAUAUUGUGCGUGAGAUUCUGUGCACAUUCCCUUCGUAUCUGAAACUAAUGGAUCCCAAUAGGAGUUGAGUUCCGAGGUGCAAGAUGGCGAACGCCGCCAUUGCGUUUUGCCGCGAAAUGUCACUGGCUGUCAUUCUCGUAUUACUCACAACGGCGUGCAUGUGUUCGGCCAGGGAUAUUGUUCUGGAUGAUACUUAUAAAGUGAUAGAAGCAUCUACGAACGAGCGGCUGCGACUUAUUUGCGGGCUGAAGAUGAAUGGUCAGUCGCUGCUCUGGUACAAGGAUGGCCAGUACAUCAAUAGUCUACUGAAACCCAAAUUGGUGCAGCAGAAACAAUGGUUACGAAUAAGAGGUUUCCAAUCAAAGGACGCCGGUGUAUAUUCCUGCCAACACGCUGAAGACAGAAGUAGAAGCUUGAACGUAACCAUUAAACACAAACGUGAUAAAAACUACGAAGUUCUAGAAGAAUAUCAAGCCGACAUUGACAUCGACAGACCAAUGCCAGAGAUACUAUCCCAACAUCAAGCACUUGCAUUAGAGAAUAACACUAUAGAAGAAAAGAAAACGACAACAGAAAGGAUAUUUCAUAGAAGUAACAGAAACGACACUACAAAAGAUGAAGACCCAGACGAUAGAAGCGAGAAAGAUCAUCCUAAUUACGGAUACGUAGAUAGUAAUAUAAAGAAAUUCCCACCGAAAUUUAAACAUCCUUUGAAGUUGUACAAAAACGAAAUGAAACCUGCCGGGAGUUCCCUUAGAUUUAAAUGCGCUGCCGAAGGUAACCCAACUCCGAAUAUAACAUGGCAGAAGAACGGGGGUCCAGUGUACAGGAGUUACUUCCAACCUUCAUAUGGCAAGUGGUCCAUCGGGCUAGAUGAACUCACAAAGACUGACAAUGGCAACUAUACUUGCAUCGUCUGCAACGAGCUGGGCUGCAUCAACCAUACCUUUGUUUUGAACGUUCAAGAACGGCUAUACGCCAAACCGGUGCUAACACAAGGAGCAGAGAAUCAGACCAAACUCGUUGGGGAAACGGCCAGGUUUAUCUGCGAGUUCCUCACCGACAUGCACCCCUAUAUCUACUGGAUGUUCUUCAAUAAAUACGAGUAUAUUUACGGGGAUACCGAGUACGAAGAUGACGGGAAGGAGUCCAUGAUCCAUGCGGAUGCUAACAAAAUCAUCGUGAGUGAUAAUUCGACAGACAAACCUGAACAACUAACUAUACAUAAUGUUACAAAAGAAGAUGAGGGUUGGUAUGUUUGCGUGGCAAUCAAUAGCUUAGGAAAUACGACGGCGAAAGGAUAUCUCACUGUCUUAGAAUCUUUGCCACCCGAAAAGGAGCCGAUGGAGUAUGGGAAGCACACUCUUCUGAUCAACAUACUGACAGCAGUGCUUGGCGCGAUGUUUUUUGUCGCGGCCAUUAUUGUUGUGAUGAUAUUCAAGAAGUUGAAGAGAGAGAAGAUAAAAAAGCAGCUGGCGAUAGAGACGGCACGGGCGGUGAUCGUGACUCACUGGACGAAGAAAGUGACAGUGGAGAAGCCCCAGCUCAAUGGUGUCACUGCCGAGCCUACAGACGGACUGCUGAUGCCAGUGGUGAAGAUAGAGAAGCAGAAGCUAUCGCAAGUGCAGGGCAACACCGCGGAGUCGAUGAUGUCGGAGUACGAGCUGCCCGUGGACGUGGAGUGGGAGGUGGCGCGCGCGGGGCUGGCGCUGGGGACGGUGCUCGGGGAGGGGGAGUUCGGGAAGGUGGUGAAGGCGCAGUGCGUCGGCAUCCUCAAGCCCGGCCAGAGCUCCGUGGUCGCCGUCAAGAUGCUCAAAGAGGGCCACACGGACGCGGAGAUGAUGGCCCUCGUCUCCGAGAUGGAGAUGAUGAAGAUGAUCGGCAAGCACGUGAACAUCAUCAACCUACUGGGCUGCUGCACGCAGGACGGGCCGCUCUACGUCAUCGUGGAGUACGCGCCCAACGGGAACCUUAGGGAGUUCCUGAGGAACCAUCGCCCUGGGAACAGAUACGAAUCAGACAUACAAUCACCAAAUGAGAAGAAGAUACUAACACAAAAAGAUCUCGUCUCAUUCUCCUACCAAGUUGCGAGAGGGAUGGAGUACCUGGCAUCAAGAAGAUGCAUCCAUCGCGAUCUGGCGGCGCGCAACGUGCUCGUGUCCGACGAGUUCGUGCUGAAGAUCGCGGACUUCGGGCUCGCGAAGGACGUGCAGAGCCACGACUACUACCGCAAGCGGACCGAGGGCCGCCUGCCCGUGCGCUGGAUGGCACCAGAGUCGCUGUACCACAAGCUGUUCACUACGCAGACUGAUGUAUGGUCGUUCGGCGUACUGCUGUGGGAGAUCAUGACGCUGGGCGGCACGCCGUACCCCAGCGUGCCCGGUCAGUACAUGUACCAACACCUCAGCGCUGGACAUCGGAUGGAGAAGCCGCCCGGGUGCAGUUUGGAGAUCUACAUGCUGAUGCGCGAGUGCUGGUCGUUCGCGCCGGGGGACCGGCCGUCGUUCACGGAGCUGGUGGAGGACCUCGACAAGCUGCUGACGGUGGCCGCCAACCAGCAGUACCUCGACCUCGGCCUGCCCGCGCUGCACACGCCGCCCUCCUCCUACGACGGCUCCGACGACAGCGACGCAGACCUGCCCUUCAUCAAGUGACGCGCCUCGCCUGCGCUGCAUCGAGUGACCUGCUCUACAUCAAGUUAACUGACGGUCUGUAGCCCUCACCCUGCCUUGCGUCGAGUGCCCGCGUCUAAACUGCUACACUAGUGACCUUGUGUUCCAGCUUCCAAACGGAAGCUCUUCAUCGAGCGACCUGCUCGCCGACUACCAACUGACUUUAUGCCUCCAGCUAUCGCACUAGCUAGGUAUUUUGCCCAUCAUCGAGUGACCUGAUUGCCAACUACCAACUGAUUUUAUGCCUCCAGCACUAGUAGCUACGUAUUUUGCCUUUCAUCGAGUGACCUGGGCUAAAACUGCAGUACUCGUGCCCUUCGUUAAAUGACCGAGUCUAUGUCCACAUCUUCGAUUAUCACCAUCCGUUUAGUCUCCUUUCACUAUAUUUUUGUAAUUUUCAGCGAGUAAAAAUUAUCUUUUUCUAGAUCAGGUUUGAACACAACUUAUAAUAUAGUCACUAUGAACUCUACAAGUUGUGCAGCCGGAAUGGUUUUCGUUUUCGAAAAUAGCUUCCUGUCGGUCCUUUAUCAAAAGAUAAGUGCCAUUCAAUGGUUAUAAAGAGAUAUUAAACAAAUCUUCAUAUCAUACGAGAUUGUGGAUUGGAUAAUUCCUGCGUAGUUCCAGAUAAUAAUAACGGCGGUUUUAUUUUUAGACGGAACUGUGAGCCGCGUUUUGAGUCUAAAGUAAACUGUGAGUUUGAAUCUCCGGAAAUAAAAGUUAAGACAAUGGAUUAUGAUUGUGUUAAAAAAAUAAUCAAGUGUAUAUAGUGAGUUUUAAGUGAACGUGUCUUGGGUACUGUUGUGAAUAAUACAUUAAUUGAAAUGAAUUAUUUUGGUUUAUUCAAAUAGCGAUGUCAUUACAAUCGCUUGAUGUAAUAUGAAGAAGGUAAUUCGUGUGUCGUAUUUUUAUUAUUUUAGUUUAAACUGCAUUCAUAAUAAAACAAUAUUUUUCCCACCUUAUUAGCUGUGCGUGUCUUAAUAUUAUGUAGCGAAGGAAAGAAUAAAUGAUUGACUAAUAUUUUUGGUGACUGAACUGAAUGUAUUUAGAGAGCAUUACGUAGUUAGGGUAAUUAAAGUAUUUUUCAAUGAUGCUCAUAAAAUAAUAUUGUCACAAAAAUUUAGUCUUAGACACAAUUCAAAUAAUACUUGUUAUCAAUUAUAUGUAGAGUGAUUGUUAAAAAAAUAUAAAAUUCUAAUUAUACAUCGAAAUUAAGAGUUCAUAAUGCACAAACUCAUUGUUUGAGAAUAUAACUUUUGUGUGAAACAGUGAGUUCAAUAAUGAGUUGUAUAGUCAUAGAGUUGAAAAUGAAGAAAUUAAUAAAACUGUUAUCCAGCAAGAUAGCCUCAAUAAAACAUACUCUGGGUAGGUACAUUAUUUUGUAAUGGAAACGAAAUUGUAAAUAAAAUAUAAAUAUAAUGAUGAUUAUACACUGUGAUUUUAAUUAAUUUGUAUGAGUAAAAGAUAUAGUAUCAAGUAUUCCACUCCUCAUCCAUUUAUAGCACAAAGGCGGUACAAGUCAGAAAAAAAAGUUAAAUCUUUACUGGACUUUUAGCGAUAUUACAUUAUACUAAGUUGCAAAAAUUCUUGAUUUUAAAAGCAACACUCACUAGUAAAUACUCUCUCAUUUUCAUUAAAUUAUUUUUUGUUAAUAUAUUCUUUAAUUGCCCUUUAAUUUUGAUUUGGAUGCGAAGAAAUCACAGUGUAUUUUUAUGUGCAAAACAAAGUGAUGCAUAAUAUUUUUUUGUUCUUUUAUAUUAUAAACAUUGUAUAACAAUUUUAGAAAUAUUUCUGUUGACAUUAAUACAAUAAUAGUAUUCUCUGUAAAUAUUUGUCUAUUUUUACCAAAGUAUAUUUUGAAGUAAUUUAUUUUAUAGUAAGUUUUACACUUAGGUACAUAAAACAAUACAAUAUUGUUGACAGUAUUUCAUUAUAGAUUUAUGAUUUAAGUAAAUAUUUACGUGCAGUGCAUUUAAAGUGUCUAGUCUACUUGCAUGUUUAUUAAAUUAAGUAGCCCCUGAGUUUUUAGACAUAGGUACUACCGUACACAUUAUUUGGUAAUUAUUAGACUUUAAGAGAUUUUUAUAUAAACCUCCAAAAAUGUGCCUUAUACAUGUGCCUUAUUUGUCAAUAGAUAAGAGUUUAAAAUCCACAAAAGAUUAAAUUUUCUCAAAUGGACUAUUUCUGGGUAUAACUAUUGAGGGUUUUAUUAAAUUGGACUUUUUUCAGGUGAAAUUAAGUAGGUAUAAUACCUAACUGUUUAAUAGAGCACCUGUGAGUAAAUAUAAAUUAAAUGACGAUGUAUUGACAUGCAACAAAAUGCAUUUUACCACCAAAUGUUUUGUACUUAAUUUUAGUUGUAUAUUCGUCUUGGAAAAAAACACUAAUGUUGAUAAUUUGUAUUCAAUUAUUAAUAACAAUGUAAAAUAUUUACAUCAUAAUAAUGUAAUUUUUUUUAUAAGUUAUGAAAGUUAUGUUAUUACUUUUAUAAUAAGCGAAGCUUAUGGUAGGAAAAAUUCAAUGAAUUGAGAUAAAAUAAUACAGAAAAUUUUUAGGUAUAAAAGUUUCAACAUUUAGAAUAAAAAACAAAUAUAUGUCGUGUGAUACAAAUUAUGCAUUAGUGUAAAAUUAUUUUUAGAUAGUAUUUUUGUAAAUAUAUAAAUCGUAUUACCAAUAAUAAUUAUUGACCUUGUAUUGGGUUAGACUUCCUAUUAGUUUCGACAUGGUGAAUGUGUCGUCAAAAAUAUACAUUAGCUAUAUUGUAUACCUUAUUAAUUUGGUGUCGAAUAUGAAUUUAAUGUAUUUGUUUGUAUAUAUGAUUUUUAUAUACUUACUCGAGCGAGGUUUGUAAGUUCUGUGCAAAUAAAUCGUUGGAUGAGUACGAAUUGAUUUUAAUUAUUUUUAUAGCGUAUACCUAAAAUAUUAAAUGGAAGUAUUAUAAGGGGAGGCGGGCUAUGUCUUCCUUUUUUCGAUUACGCCACGCCCAUUAUCGGAUCCCAAGCCUUCCUCUGAGAAGAUCGCCGACGACCCACGCCUACUACCGGAUCCCAAGCCU